GUUUGUCGUUGAGGUCAAAAAAGCUGGCAUAGUGGUUAUAGUCCUCUCACAACUCAAUAGUCGAUACUUCGGAGGCCUCGAAGGCCAAUAUAAAUUCGAUCUAUAUUUUCUUCUCCGAGAGGAAAAUACUGCGGCCGGUGAAUACACUGCCCGGGUGCGUGGUAAUUACACCGGUAAGAGAUCUGUCUCUACUGAAAUUGGUCUGGAACUUGGUAGAUGCGAGAUCCUGCCUAAAAUUUCUGCAACUAGGAGCAUGGAUAAGCCUUCUGUUAAAGACAUAGUGAAGAGAAAUGUAGAUCGAAACCCACAGAAGCUGAGGCAAAUUGGCCUGAACUAUGAUAUCGCCCAUGCCAAGGGUGGUUUUGAUGAGGGAAAGGCGGAGAGUAAGAAGAAGGAGGAGAAGGAGGAGCCUAAGGUCGGUGAAAAAGGCGAGGGCAACCGUGAGGGAAUAGGAGACGACAAAUUUGCCGAAACUGCAACCAAGCUUGCUAAAGAAAUUCCCUCGGAAGAAUCACCAAGCCCAUGGAAUGCGGUAGCCGUCAUUGGCUUACGUGUGUAUUCGAAAGACACUCAGCUCACAAUUAACUUGGUAAAGCAAAACGACUCGGAGGAGGCGGCAUUACUUGAUGUGGAUGGAAUUUCCGGAGCAGGAGCAACAAUGUAGGCGCUUAAUACACACUUGAUAGACUCGGGAUUAAUUCUUUCUUUCGCUGAAACGUAAUGGCUCAUUCUGACUCUGGCUUCAGAGGGAAGCCGCAGGUUGUAGGAGCGAUUCACGAGACGACGCGCACUCACACUUAACUACGACUCCCCUCAAUGCGCAUGCGCAUUCUAAUCUUGAGACCUGAUGAAAUCAUGGCCAAUACUUUCACGGAUGGAUGCCUAAGCUCCAUAAUUUAUCAAGACUUGAAGAGACAUCUUGAUGA